AUGGGCGACCGCCUCGAAAAACUCACAUGUCACUGCAAUUCCGAAGUAGACCGCGAUGCUCAGAUCAAAAGAAUUUCCAAAAGAUGGAAGGAAGAGCACAAGACAGAUUUGAAAGACAUCUUCACGUUGUCGUUGAAAGUUGGAGACACAGGUUUUGAAGAGUUUGAGUUCCUUCGAGCGAUUGAUGAUUCGUCUUUCGUUGCGUUGCGCGAUAUUGUGGAGGAGGGUAACUUUGUCUGGGUGCAUCCCAAGAGAGAUUCUAUUUCAAAGUUAUGA